UCCCACGGGGACUACGGGGGACGGAGUUUUCCCCUCCUCGUUAACUGUCUUCACUUCACUCUUUGCUCCCUAGACGUCAGACAUCAGCGCUACUUAUGAGAGACUUCACCAAAUUUUGGGACUUUUCCAACAUGAUUUGAGCGCGAUUUGACUUUGUUUGCUUGGUUCCGUUACCGUUGAUGUGUCUUCGCAUCUCUUUUUCCUCAGCUAGUGAUAAUGGAUAUCUUUUUCAUUACAGUGCUUAUUUUCUUAAUUAACGGGCUACAAGCAGCAUCCCGUUAUGAAAGAGACCUCAUGCCAUACAUGCCGAAUGUGUGCGCUGAGCGCGAGGUGAAGCUGGUGGCGCAAAGACAGCCGUGCGUCCAGGCCUUCUCGCGCAUGGUCAAGGUGUGGAAGCAGGGCUGUAUGGGCCAGUCCUGGUGCAUGGGAUAUGAGAGAAGAACUGCCUACUACACAGCCUACAGACAGGUGUACCGUCAGGACUACCAGACAGUGUAUAAGUGCUGCCCUGGAUGGUCCCAGCUCAACGGCGAGGCCGGCUGCCUCUAUCCGGUCUGCAGUUAUGGCGUGUGCUUUAAUGGCGGCGUGUGUCGAGUGGGUUCGGCCCAGCUCUGUGACUGUGCUGCGGGCUUCACUGGGGCCAGUUGCCAAUAUGAUGUGAAUGAAUGUGAGGAGACCAACGGGGGCUGUGAGGCGCUGUGCUGCAACACCAUCGGCAGCUUCUACUGCAAGUGCCCAGCUGGACAGGAGCUCAAGGAGGAUGGGAAAACCUGCAGGGAUGUUGACGAGUGCCAGGCUCAUAACGGAGGCUGCCAGCACAGAUGUGUCAACACCAGGGGCUCCUAUCACUGCGAGUGCAGACCAGGGUUUCGACUGCACGUGGACGGGCGCACCUGCAUCGCUGUAAACUCCUGCAGCCUGAGUAAUGGAGGAUGUGAGCACUUCUGCAUCCAGCAGUCUGCCGCCCACUACCAGUGCCGCUGCCGGCCCCACUACCAGCUCACUGAGGAUGGGAAACACUGCAGACUGCUGGACCCAUGUAAGCAGAGAAAUGGCGGCUGCAUGCAUGACUGCCACAGCGAUGGUGGGAGGGCGCACUGUGAUUGCCGUGCAGGAUACACCCUGGCAGUGGAUGGCAAGACAUGCCAAGACAUUGACGAGUGCGUGACAGGAGAGGGCGACUGCGCUCACGGCUGCCACAACACACCUGGCUCCUACGUGUGUGUGUGCAGCGCCGCCUACGAGCUGGGUACAGAUGGCAAGCAGUGCUAUCGGAUUGAAAUGGAGAUAGUCAACAGUUGUGAGACUAAUAAUGGUGGAUGCUCUCAUACGUGUCAGCACUCCAGCAAUGGACCUGUUUGCUCCUGUAACCAAGGUUACCGGCUAGAUGAUGACCUCAAGACCUGUAUUGACAUUGAUGAGUGCGGGGACGGGAGCUCAUGCUGUCAGCAAGACUGUACCAACUACCCUGGCGGUUACGAGUGCUACUGCUCAGCAGGCUACAGCCUCAACACUGACGGCUGCAGCUGUGAUGAUGUGGAUGAGUGUCUGGCUGAGAACGGAGGCUGUGAUCACACCUGUCAGAACGCGGCUGGAUCCUUUCAGUGCUUCUGUCGCCGUGGACACCGCCUGGACGAGGACCGUCGCUCCUGCCUCUUGUUAGGAAACACAGUGGAGGCCCUGAGUGGAAGUCCAAUAGUGGAAAGACCCCGACCACAACUCACACUCCUCCAGGAUUACGACCAAUCACUGGCACUACUGGAGCGCUAUGACGACUACGAGGAUGAUGCUGGCGAACUGCGCGCAGAGAGCACUCUCAAGGAGAAAUAUGUGUGUGUGAAUGACACGUUUGGUUGGGACUGCAGUCUGACGUGUGAGGACUGCUCCAAUGGAGGAGUGUGUGACUCUCACAAGAGUGGGUGCCUCUGCCCCAACGGAUGGACUGGCGUCAUCUGCAACCAGACCUGUCCGGAGGGCAUGUUUGGCAAGAACUGCUCUCACAGCUGCAAGUGUAAGAAUGGUGCCAGCUGUGACUCAGUGAGCGGUCAGUGCCGAUGCCCGCCGGGCGUCAGUGGGGAGCUGUGUGAGGACGGCUGCCCUAAGGGCCUGUAUGGGAAGAACUGUAAUAAGAAGUGUAACUGUGCCAAUAACGGCCGGUGCCACCGUACCUAUGGAGCAUGUCUGUGUGACCCGGGCCUAUACGGACGCUUCUGCCAUCUACCCUGCCCUAAGUGGGCGUUUGGUCCUGGCUGCUCGGAAGAGUGCAAGUGUGUCCAGGAGAACACUCUGGAAUGCCACCGUCGCCAUGGCACCUGCUCCUGCAAACCUGGUUACCAAGGAGACACCUGCAAGGAAGAGUGUGACCCAGGCUCCUAUGGCACUGGCUGCCAGAGGAAGUGUGAGUGCCCGUCUGGCGUGAGCUGUCAUCACGUGACCGGAGCAUGCCAACGGCAGUGUCCUGCUGGGAAGAGGGGGGACAACUGUGAUCAGGACUGCCCUGAGGGGAAGUUUGGUCAGGGCUGCUCCCAGGCCUGUAACUGCACUGGCUCUCCCUGUGACAAGGUGACGGGCCAGUGCCUCUGUGUGAACGGGACCGCCGGGAGACGCUGUGAGAAGGUGUGUGAGGAGGGGCAUUGGGGCCCAGGCUGUAAGGAGAAGUGCCCCCAGUGUGAGAACAAAGGAGUGUGUGACCGACAGAACGGCACCUGCCUCUGCCCCGCUGGCUACAUGGGACGACUCUGCCAGAACGCAUGUCCCGCUGGUCGCUUUGGGCAGGGCUGCCAGCAGCGGUGUGUGUGUGAGAAUAACGGACGAUGCCACCCUGUGACCGGGCGCUGUCACUGUGCCCCCGGGUGGACCGGGCACAACUGCAGGAAAGUGUGUGACCCUGGCCAGUGGGGGGCAGACUGCUCUGAGGCGUGUGACUGCAGGAACGGGGGCGGGAGCUGUGAUGCAGUGACCGGCAUGUGCCACUGUGAAGCCGGCUUCACUGGGGACCGCUGUGACCAGAAAUGCCCUGCAGGUUCUUUUGGGCCGCGCUGUCGCCAGCGGUGUCAAUGUGACAACGGGGCGUCUUGUGACCAUGUCAGUGGGGCGUGCACCUGCAAAGUGGGCUGGACUGGAACCUUCUGUGAAAAACCGUGUCCUCAGGGGUUCUUUGGUCUUGACUGUCAGCAGAAGUGUGUGUGUCUGAAUGGAGGGAGCUGCAACCACGUUACUGGGGAUUGUGUGUGUCCAGCGGGUUGGCUUGGACCUCAGUGUAAUCAGACAUGCCCUGCUGGUCUUUAUGGGGAAGGAUGUGCCCACAAGUGUGUGUGCCUGAACAAUGCCACCUGCAGCGCAGUGAGCGGACAGUGUGUGUGUGCGCCAGGCUGGAAAGGAGUGAAUUGCUCAGAGGCAUGUGUGGAGGGGUUCCACGGCACAGAUUGUCUUCAGCGCUGUCUCUGUCGGAAUGGGGGGACCUGUGACCCCAGCAGUGGUCGAUGCACCUGCCCCCACGGCUGGACUGGCACCGCCUGUGAGCUGGCAUGUGUGCCUGGCCAGUUUGGAGCAGACUGCCAACAGAGGUGCGAGUGUGAGAACGGGGGGCAGUGUGACAGGCAGACGGGCCAGUGUGUCUGCAGCCCUGGAUGGGUAGGAGAGCGCUGUGAGAAAGCAUGUCCAGCGGGCAUGUUUGGAGCCGAUUGCCAGCAGAGGUGUGUGUGUGAGCACGGAGCCCCCUGUAACCAUGUGACUGGGGUCUGCAUCUGCCCACCUGGAUGGAGGGGUCCUAAAUGUGACAGAGCGUGUCUCCCGGGGACGUAUGGUGAAGGGUGUUUCCACAGGUGCUCCUGUUCUCCAGGCUCCUCGUGUCAUCACAUCACUGGGGAGUGUGGCUGCCACCCUGGACUCACUGGCAAUGGCUGUGAGCAGACUUGUCUCUCUGGCACCUUUGGCCUGAACUGUAACCAGGUGUGCCAGUGUUCUGAGACUAACCAGCUGUGCCACCCGGUGUCAGGAGUGUGCUACUGCGCCCCCGGCUUCAGAGGCCCCAAGUGCAAACAGGAGUGUGAGGUGGGUUGGUACGGUCCAAACUGUGAGCGCAGGUGCCAGUGCCAGAAUGGAGGAGUGUGCCAGACUACGGAUGGCACGUGCCGCUGCCCGCCCGGCUUCAUCGGUGCCCACUGCAACGUCUCAUGCCCAGUGGGACUCUACGGGCAGGACUGUGCGAGCGUGGCACUGUGUGGAGAAGGGGCCCAGAACGAUCCGGUCACCGGCAGAUGUGUGUGCUCACCGGGACGCCAGGGGGAGGACUGUGGCCAAGGCUGUGCUCCAGGCUGGUAUGGCUCCGACUGUUCUCUGCGCUGUCACUGCCGUAACGGUGGUGUGUGUGACGCUGUGUCUGGAAACUGCACCUGUCAACUGGGCUGGAUGGGACUACAUUGUGAAAAAGAGUGUCCGCAGGGGAGGUUUGGGCCCAGCUGUGUGCAUAGGUGUGACUGUGAGAACAACAGCACCUGUGACAGAGUCAUGGGCACCUGCCAGUGUGCCCCAGGGUACUACGGGCACCGCUGUGAACACGCGUGUCCAGCCGGUUGGCACGGGCCACGCUGCCAGCUACGGUGUGACUGUUUCAACGGCGCCCAAUGCCACCCCAGCACAGGCCACUGUGUCUGCCCACCGGGAUACCAGGGCAUACGCUGUGAGAAAGAGUGUGGUCAGGGACGGUUUGGGCAGAACUGUUCUCAGGUGUGUCAGUGUGCAGAAGGUGUGCCGUGCGAGCCCGUCCGAGGCCAGUGCCUUUGCACCUCGGGGAAGACAGGGAGCAGGUGUGACACAGACUGCAGAGUGAACCGUUACGGGCCAGACUGCGUUCUGAGUUGUGAGUGUGAGAACGGCGCCCAGUGUGACCAAAGGAAUGGCCAGUGCACCUGCCUCAGCGGCUGGAUUGGACUCACCUGCCUGGAAGGAGUGCCUCCCCAACAGCAACCAAGAAGCACUGCGGACCAAUCACAGCAUAGCAACUCGUUAUAGCCCCACCCACUGAUUGGACACCCCCCACCCCAUUCCUUCUGUGCACCAAUGUGAGGGCAGCAUGAGCCCCUCGAUCCAGGAAGAGACUGGAGAAGAAAUCAGGAUCUCAGUGAGCUACUCCCUGCUAGCGUGCUAUGGUAACUCCCUUAGCAGGAGCCAUGAUGACCACACUGACUCUCAGAUGAGAAUGGAUUAUUGUGUAAUGUGUGUGUGUAUAUUUAUGUGUACGUCUGUGUGUGUAUGUUUGCACACAGCUUGUUAAACUCCUGUGGCUGGUUCCCUUUAGCGUGGAUGAAGGACAUACUCAGUGAACAUGGUGCUCAGGUUCAAUGUAGCUCUGUAGUCGUACGCUGCCUCCUGUAGGUCAGACUGUGAACUGCAACCC